GGGCGGGCUCGUCAGGGCAGCAGGGAGCGUUUCGCCGGCUGGAGCGUUUGGCUGCUGUGACGACGAUGGGGGAGUGUGGAGCGGGCCGGGCCGCGGGGUCAGGCCCCGCAGGGCUGUGAGCCGGCAGCGGGGAGGUCCCGCAGGCGGGUGGGGCGUCGAGGCCCGGCGCUGGCAUGAAGAGGCUUUCUGCUCUGGAUUUAGUUCUUUGCAAAAUGAAUAUUGCAUUAUUUCACAAAGGUUGGACCCACCAGUAGAAUUUGUCAAGAACAGCACAUGUAAAUCAACAACUUACUUUUCUUCAGGACUUCUGCACAGCUUUAGAAGUUUUAAGCACAAUGAAUUCAGGCUUAUGGAGUCAAGAAAAAGCAAGUUCAUCCUACUGGGAAGAGCGGAUCUUUUACUUGCUUCUCCAAGAAUGCAGUGUGAUAGACAAGCAGACUCAGAAGCUCUUGAAAGUGCCCAAAGGUAGCAUUGGGCAGUUUUUCCAGGACCGUUCUUCUUUGGGACACUCCAGAAAUAUUCCUUGUAAGGGCAAGAAACUGCAGAUUGGAUUAAAGAUUCUGGAACAACCUCAUGCAAUCCUGUUUGUGGAUGAGAAGGAUGUUAUAGAAAUAAAUGAAAAACUUGCCGAGUUGCUUUUGGCCAUUACUAACUGUGAGGAAAGAUACAGUCUGUUUAAAAGCAAAAGCAGAUUAACUAAAGGCAUCCAAAUAGAUAUUGGCUCACCUGUUAGAGUACAGCUGAGAUCAGGAGAUGAGAAAUUUCCUGGAGUUGUUCGCUUCAGAGGACCCUUAAUGCAAGAAAGGUCCCUAACAGGGAUAUACUUUGGAGUGGAGUUGCUGGAAGAAGGUCGUGGUCAGGGCUUCACUGAUGGACAGUACCAAGGCAAGCAGCUUUUCAGAUGUGAUGAGGAUUGUGGGGUUUUUGUUGCUUUGGACAAACUGGAGCUGGUGGAAGAUGAUGACAAUGAACUGGAAAGUGACUAUGCAGCUCCAGUUGACACAAUGCAGGUAGAACUUCCUCCUCUGGAGAUCAACUCCAGGGUUUCUCUGAAGAUAGGAGAGAGUAUAGAGUAUGGGACAGUUAUAUUCUGUGAUGUCUUACCAGGAAACGAAAGUUUAGGAUACGUUGUUGGAGUGGACAUGGAUAAUCCUAUUGGAAACUGGGAUGGAAGAUACAAUGGAAUACAGCUGUGCAGUUUUGCAAGUGUUGAAAGUACACUUCUUUUGCAUAUCAAUGAUGUUAUUCCAGAGACUGUGUCACAGGACAGGAGACCUCCCAAGCUUGCCUAUACCUCAAGAGGUGGUGGUGACAAAAGCUUGUUCAAUCAUAGUAAGCCAAAGGCUACAGGAUCUACCUCUGAACCUGGGAAUAGAAACAGAUCUGAAGUCUUCUACACAUUAAAUGGCUCAUCGGUUGACUCUCAGUCUCAAACGAAAACAAAACCCCCAUGGUACAUUGAUGAAGUUGCUGAAGACCCUGCAAAAUCACUUACUGAUUCAUCUUCUGGAUUUGGACAUUCUUCACCACCACUGCAACCACCUUUAACAAAUUCUGUGUCUACAGAAAACAGAUUUCACUCCCUCCCUUUUAGCUUGACAAAAACAUCGACUGCUAAUGGUUCUAUUGCACAUAGUCCUCUCUCUUUAUCUGUUCAGUCAGUAAUUGGUGAUGUAAAUGCUACAGCUAACCAGGAGAGCCCAACAACAGCAAGCCCAGUUGGGAACUCACAUGGUCUUGAGGCAGGUUCCUUGGCUGAAGUUAAAGAAAAUCCUCCUUUCUAUGGAGUCAUCCGCUGGAUCGGCCAGCCCCCGGGAGUAAACGAAGUGUUAGCUGGACUGGAACUGGAAGAUGAAUGUGCAGGUUGUACAGAUGGGACAUUUAAAGGAACUCGCUACUUCACUUGUGCUCCAAAGAAAGCUCUUUUUGUUAAACUCAAAAGCUGCAGGCCAGAUUCCAGGUUUGCCUCACUACAGCCUGUUUCCAACCAGAUUGAACGCUGCAACUCUCUAGCCUUUGGAGGUUACUUAAGUGAAGUGGUAGAAGAAAACACUCCUCCAAAAAUGGAAAAAGAAGGUUUAGAGACAAUGAUUGGAAAGAAGAAAGGUAUCCAGGGUCAUUACAACUCCUGUUACUUAGACUCCACCUUAUUCUGCCUGUUUUCUUUUAGCUCUGUUUUGGACACUGUGUUACUCAGACCUAAAGAAAAGAAUGAUGUAGAGUAUUAUAGUGAGACUCAAGAGCUGUUGAGGACAGAGAUUGUGAAUCCUCUGAGAAUAUAUGGAUAUGUAUGUGCUACAAAAAUCAUGAAACUGAGGAAAAUACUUGAAAAAGUUGAGGCUGCAUCAGGAUUCACUUCAGAGGAAAAAGAUCCAGAAGAAUUUUUAAAUAUUUUAUUUCACCAUAUUCUAAGAGUUGAGCCACUGCUGAAAAUAAGAUCAGCAGGUCAGAAAGUACAAGACUGUUACUUCUAUCAAAUUUUUAUGGACAAAAAUGAGAAAGUUGGAGUCCCAACAAUUCAGCAGUUACUAGAGUGGUCAUUCAUCAACAGCAACUUGAAGUUUGCAGAGGCACCCUCUUGCCUGAUUAUCCAGAUGCCUCGCUUUGGAAAAGAUUUCAAAAUGUUCAACAAAAUUUUUCCCUCCUUGGAGCUGAAUAUAACAGACUUACUUGAAGACACUCCCAGGCAGUGCCGUAUAUGUGGAGGACUCGCCAUGUACGAGUGCAGGGAGUGCUACGAAGAUACUUCUAUUUCUGCUGGGAAAAUCAAGCAGUUCUGCAAAACGUGCAAUACGCAGGUUCAUCUUCAUCCCAAGAGACAGAGUCAUAAAUUCAAUCCAUUGUCACUACCUAAAGAUCUACCAGAUUGGGACUGGCGACACGGAUGCAUCCCGAACCAGAAGAUGGAGUUGUUUGCCGUCCUCUGCAUAGAGACGAGCCACUACGUGGCUUUCGUUAAAUACGGGAAGGAUGACUCCGCCUGGCUUUUCUUUGACAGCAUGGCAGAUCGGGAUGGAGGUCAGAAUGGCUUCAACAUUCCACAAGUUACCCCAUGUCCGGAAGUUGGUGAAUACCUGAAGAUGUCUCUAGAAGAAUUGCACUCACUGGAUUCCAGGAAAAUUCAAGGUUGUGCACGAAGACUACUUUGUGAUGCCUACAUGUGCAUGUAUCAAAGUCCAACAAUGAGCUUAUAUAAAUGAACUGUGUGCUCUGGAAAACUGAAGAAACGGUGUAGAGUUGCAUUUGCUGCAUUUUAUGGUUAAAGGCAACCGUUGCUGGCAAUGGAAGCGAUGACAAGGAAGAUGUUGAGAGCAAAAGGAUUACUGUUCCAAAACCUACAUGUGGAGUUCUGUCAUUGAAGUAUUUUGCACUCUAGGAAGUGUGCUUGUGUGUUUGUUUUAUAAACAAAGUAAGUCUAAGUGAAGUUACUAAAACUUAAACCUUUAAGUGCAUUGAUUAUACACAGGUUUUCUUGAAAUGUUAAAGGUGGAAUUAUAUCAGGAGAAACUUCCUUAGUCUCUUUGGAAUGUAAAGCUAGAUAGUUUUUGCUCAGUGCAUUUCUGUGGGCCAAGGAUGAUCAUUCUCUUGUAUUUCUCUACCCUCUGCCCUACCACCUCUCCCCCACCCUUGAUUGUUUAGCACCACAGAUUCUCUUUGAGAGACAUUUCAGACUGUUCAUGGCAUAUUAAUUCUGUUCUGUUACCCAUCUACAAGAUUUUCAGUUCACACGUUUGCUUCUUCAAAAAUGAACAUUCAUUUAAAGAUCUGGAUUCCUAGCUUGUGAAAAUCAAGCACGCAGGUUUGCUAUCUGUUAACUUGCAAUUUUUUGAAGGGAAAAAAAGAGCAGAAGAGGGCAUUAAAGGGAAGCAUGAUUGCUGAAAUACAAAAUUAGAAAAAGACAUCUGUUAACUUUCACUGCUGAGUGUCUAUUUAUAAAGAAACAAAGCCGUCUGGAACAGAAUAGCAAGUAUAUACAAAUGAUUCGAGGACAAAACAAUAAAACAGUGGAUUGCCUCAGGGAAUGUUACUGAAGUGGAUUCUAGUCUUUGGUAAAACAAAACUGACUUCUCUGUGGUACAUUAAGCUGCUACCUGGGAAUAUGUUACCCAUUUGACUCUUCAUUUAGGAUUACUAAUGAAUAGUAAAAAUCUCUGCCUGGAAAGAUGAAACUAUAAAUAAAUGUAUAGCAAAGCUUUACUGUAUAGUAAGUACCUAAUGAAAACUAACUUGAAAAGCUGCAGAACCAAUGUUGAUGUAAAAUACUGUACUUUUGAAGUCUGUUGGUUUCUGUUUUGAAUGAAACACUGUUGUUUUAGUUGCUUUUUAGCUACUUCUGUCAACGCCGACCGGCAAACAUACAACUAUAUAGAGACGGUAAAAUCGGGUUGUACAAAGUGCAUAGAUAUGAGCUGUACAUUUUCAACCCUGAGAUGUUUUAUAUGGAAAACUUCCUCUUUGGGAUCAAGUCUGUAGAAGGAGAAGUCACAGAAAGUAACAGAGAAAAAAGCCACUUUGAAAAAGCCACCAUUUUAAAGACAGGGGAGGCUGAUCCCAUACUGUAGAAAAUGUGAUUACUUUGUUCUUCAUGGAAAACCUUAAGGUUUUCUUUAGGACAGGCUCUGCCACUGAACAGUACCAGAGAGGGUUGAAAACUGCUUGAAGGACUAAACUGUCUAAAGCAGGCAGUGCUGAGGGACUUGGUCUGUUCCAUUAGCCAGUGCAUGUAGUGUGCUCUAAUUUUUCACUCUCUAGAGCAAGGAAGUAGUUAGUGAAAGUGUCACUGUUGCUUUUGCCUCUAACAGUCUUCUGGCGUCCAUGUUCCCUUGCCUUACUUACCUAGUCUGUGCUCCUUAGCAAACCGCUCUUUUGUUUCAGUACUACUAGGAACUCUUGAUCUCUGCUGAAAAAUUUUAGUGAGGCUUUAGGUGAUGGACUUUAUAACCUGUCAGUGGAGGGGUUAUUGUCCAUUGGCUCCUCCUUGGCUAUGUAUCAUUCUCUGGGACAGCAGCUGCAGCCGUAUUGACAAAGAUACCAUAGAGGCAUCUCCUAGGCAAUAUCAAGGUAAAAAGAUGAGCUCUAUAGGUCUACUCUAAGCAGCUUGUGUUUAUUAAAAUGGCCUAGAGAACGCUGACCUCAUCUGAGUAUGGUUACCUACCCUUGGCAUACUGAGGAGGAGAUCCAACCACAGCUUCUCAGUACCUCAAGUGAGACCUGUUUGCAAGGAGCAAGCAAAAGGGGGCUUGCACAAAAUAAAA